GCGACGAGCCGCGCAGGAGGAACAAGUGUUGGAGUGCGUUCAGCGAGUUUGCAUUUGAUGGUAGAUGCACCUCUGCGAGUCUUAACACGGCUGGAAGUAUCUGUCUAACUCCUGAGGGAUCUGGUGAAGAAUGGAGUGGUAUGUCCUGGUGCUGAUACUGAGCUUGCCGCCCUCCAUCCACGCAGAUUGCUCUUCACAGUGUCAAAAAUGCGCGCAGCAGAUCCUCAGCCCCGACGUCGCCUUCAGCAGCCUGUCGUGCAGUGCGGAGUGUGAGGGGCAGCUGGAGAGCUGCGGCCAGGCUCCGGGGCUGGCGGACUUCAGCCAGGAUGAGGCUGCGCAGGAGGAGGAGAGCCAACAGGCAGACCUGGUCAAACGCUACGGCGGCUUCAUCAAGAGGAUCGACAAGAACAAGAACAAAAUAUUCAGCUCUCCGUGGCGCGACAAUUACAUCCUGAAGGGCGCAGCGCUGCCCAAGAAAUACGAGGACUUGUUGAAGAGGCUGGAGGAGAGAGGCAUAGAGGUGCCGGAGGACGCGGAUGAAGCUCCGGAGGACCAGAUGCCCCACAGUUACGCGAAACGUUACGGUGGCUUUUUACGCAAAUUCGGCCCCAAGUCAAAGAGGAGUAGCUCCGCGGAGCAGGAGAGCCAGGAGCCCGAGGAGCUGCAGAAGCGCUACGGGGGCUUCAUGAGGAGGAUCCGACCAAAGUUGAACAACCUGAAGUGGGACAAGCGAUACGGAGGCUUUCUGCGCCGACACUUCAAAAUCUCUGUGCGCUCAGUGGAGGAGCCGUAUUACUCCUAUGAUGACUUGAGCUUAUAGAGGAACCCUGCUCAGAGAGAGAAACUACAAAGACCUUGUGCAGGUUCACUUGAAAUGCCACCAUUUAUCCAAAAAGUAUCAUAUGCCUGCCUAUCUUGCUUAUAGCUACUGGGUUGACUUCUGUGUAACAACUCUCAUCUCUGUGUUCAUCAUCGUCUGUCAU